AGUCCACAAGAAGAAGAGGAGGAGUACCUCGAGUCGAAUCAAAACAAAGUUGACGGAGAGACACGAAGGGACGAUGAAGGGUGACGAUAUUGUGUAUUUGAGUUUAUUGGCAGCCUCAAUAGGGUUUGGCCAAGUGUUUAGGAGGAUAGAGGACAUAGAAACAAAGAAGUGGAUAGGCACUUUAGUGGGAAUAAUAGUGACAGUGGUGGUGUCCGGCUGGCAUACAUUGCACCCACUAUUACUCACCGCUGCCAACAUCCUGAUUCUUAUCUACGUGUCAAAGAGCUUGUGUCACAUUGUGAGCUUUUGGUUCAGCUUCGGAUAUUUGUUGUUCUUCCGACUAAGUCAUUAUGUUGGUUUGGAUAUGGUUCCAUCUCACACAAAUGCUGUCCAGAUGAUGAUUACUCUUAAGUUGAUUGGAAUUUGCUUUGAAGUUCAUGACACUUGGAGAAAACAGGGAGAACUCAAGAAGGAAGAUGAUAAAGACAAAAAGGCUCAGCUACAACUGGAACUGCAGCAUGAGGAAGUUCACCCAUCAUCUAUAGACAUUUUCCAUUAUGCAUUUUGCUAUAUUGGUGUUCUCACAGGUCCUUACUAUAAGUACAGGGUAUACAAUGAUAUGCUGCGAGGUACUCCUGAGAAAAAUGGCCUGGAUUGUCUACAUGCAAUGCUUAAUAGAAUCUGGGUGGUGCCAUUGUAUGCUGUGGCCUUCCUUGUGUCUGACUACUACUUUCCACUCUCUAACCGUUGUUACUUAGAGGGUUUAGGUCAUGUACAAGGAACACCAUCCUGUGGGAAGUUUGCUGAAAGUGAGGAAAUAUUCAGAGAUUAUGGCUUCUUUUAUCGGAUAUGGUACAUGACCCCAGUUUUCUUCAACUUCCGCAUGCGCAUCUACGCUGGGUUUGUCCUCUCUGAGUGUGUUUGCAUCAUGGCUGGCUUGGGAGCUUAUCCUUGUGUUUGUGAACCCAAGCCUGGCCGAGGACCUACCAAGUAUCAGCCCUUGGAUUCAUUAUCAGAAGAUUCAAAGGUUGAAUAUAGUUUUGAGACAAUUCACAACAUUGAUGAAUAUGGAGCAGACUUCACUCCAACAGUCCGGGCAGGGAUGAGGUGUUGGAACAUGACUGUCCAGUACUGGCUAGCUAAUAAUGUCUACAAGCGUCUGAAGCUUAUAAAACCAGUGAGAGAGGCUUUGACAAUGCUGGCAUCUGCAUAUUGGCAUGGAGUUUAUUCAGGCUACUACCUCUCCAUGCUGACAGUACCUUUCAUCCUCGCUGUGGAAGACUAUUAUGAUCGCUUGCUGAGGAGGAAACUUGGAGACACUGGAAAACAUCUAUAUGAUUGGUUCUCAUGGUUUGUGAAGAUGCAGAACUUUGCCUACAUGGGCAUGGCCUUCUUGCUGCUGCGCGUGGAUACUACUCUUCAUUACUGGCAUUCUAUAGGAUACCUUUAUCAUGGCCUCAUCAUUGUCAUGCAUUGCAUUGCUCAGUACAUCAAUCUCAUCCUUGGCAAGGCAGAAGAUAAACUGAAGAAGAGCAGAGCAACGGCAAUGAUUGAUGAUUACACGAAAAUGCGCUUCAUAAAGACCAAAGAUCCAGUUGCAGAUGGAGGAGUCCGAUCAGCAAAGCUUCCAGGUGAUGGUAAGGUUGCUGAAGCCAGGAAAGAAUCACAAGAUUAACAUGGAAAUUAGAAAGGCAUAUCUACUGGAGUUCAGAAGAUGUAGAAGUACAAUGAUAUAAACUAGAGUAUUAAUGAGUGAUUGUGUGUAUCUAAAGUAAUCAAACCAGUCAUAGUAUAACAUAAAGAAGAAAAACAACUAUUAUAUAAAGCCUAGUUAUUAUCACUGUAUCAGUAUAAUAGGCCCCACAUACCAAGUGCAAUAUUUUAUAUGGUUAUAUAUUUAUAGGAUUUCCGCCAUCAAUUCAUUUUCAUAUAUCCUCACAGUGUAAGGAAUGCAGGAGGAAGAAAGAUCUAUUCGUACAUGUCGGUUAGCAUCAGUGAUGAGAAUUUUAUGUUAGUCACUAGUAUUAGAUAUAUUAAAAUCACAAAUAAGUAAAUGCUACUCUGUUGAGCAAGACUGGAAAGCAUUAUGUUAGCUUACAGCUGAUCAGUGGAGAUUUUUAUAUGCCAAAUGUUUUAGUUUCUCUUAAUUGAAUACUAUUUUAUUAAAUAUUUUACCUGAAACCAUGCAAACCUGACUUGUGAAUAUGAACAGUUUCUUGUAACAAUCUUUAAAAUACAAUUACACAAAGAAUAUUUAUUGCUGGCAAAGAUUGUAGCACCAAUUUUGGGAGAAGUGCUUGUGUAGUUAUAAAUGAUGACAAUUGCAUACAUAUUCAAAUUAAGGAGGAGCACAAACACUGGAUUACUGUGCCACCACCAUUCAGUAUUUUAAAUGGUGCAUGGUCCAUUGAUGAUGAGUGUGAAUUCUGGAUUUUUUUUUUUUUCUCUCCUUUAUGAACUGAAAGUUUUCUUGCUAUUUGUGAGGACCAUGAAGUGACCAGGAACACAAAGACCUCAAAAUUGAUCUUGGGGACUGAUGAUUGCCAUGGUCCUGACAUCCAAGGUGCUGUACUUAUUGUUUUGGUCAGGGGCUCUGUCCAUGGCCACUUCCUCUCAAAGUUAAACAUUUAUGUUGUCUUCAGGUAAAUCUCCAAGGGGGCCAUUACAUUGUUGUUGUUAUUAUUAUUAUUAUUAUUAUUAUUAUUAUUAUUAUUAUUAUUAUCAUUAUUAUUAUUAUUAUUAUUAUUAUUAUUAUUACUUCUAAAAUGGAGUGAUGAAACUAUGUAGUGACCUUAGGUGCAGGUCUAAAACUUGAUCUUGUAUCCUGACAAUUGUCGUGAUCAUGACUUGUAAGGUGCUGUAAUAGGCCAUUUUUGGAACAAAACAGACUGGAACUUUGGUAUGGCUCACAGAAAAUUUAGUCCCUAGAGCAAGAGGGAGACAGUCUAGGGAGAAAAUAUCAAAGCCUGAGCCACUGUUUUUGUAGUAUGAUAUUUUGCUGAUAACUUUUGAUAGAGCUGGAAUUUUUAAAAUCUACAUUUCAGCAGGGAUUGCAAACCAUUAUACAUCAAAAUGGUGUUAGUUUUGUCCCAGAAUUUGGCUUUGUUGCUGUGAACAAAGUGGAACAGACAAACAGAUAAACAGACCAAGCAGUCUUAUUAAUGUAAAUUAGCAAGACACCACACACACACACACACACACACACACACACACACACACACACACACACACAAGAGUAAUAGAUAAACUACAAGAGAGAGAUGGUUGGGUUGAUGCAGUCUAUUUAGAUCUGAAAAAAGCUUUUGAUACAGUUCCACAUAAAAGUCUCGUAUGGAAACUGGAACAUCGAGGAGGGCUAAAAGGAAAAAUACUUAAGUGGAUGAAGGAUUAUCUCCAAGGUAGGGAAAUGAGCACAGUAAUCAGAGAUGGUUGGUGUGAAGUAACAAGCAGAGUACCACAAGGGUCUGUGUUGGCACCUAUAAUGUUUCAGGUCUAUAUAAAUGAUAUGACUGUGGGUUUAAAUAGCUACAUUAACAUGUUUGCAGAUGAUACAAAAUUGAUGAAAGUAAUAAAGAACCAAGAGGAUUGUGAGGAACUACAGAGGGAUAUUGAUAGAAUUUAUGAAUGGAGUAAACGAUGGAAAUUAGAAUUCAAUAUAAAAAAGUGCCAUGUAAUGGAGAUGGGAAGAAGUAAAAGGAGACCUUCAUGGGAGUAUAAGAUGGGAGGAAUCACAAUACAAAAGAGCAAAGAAGAAAAAGACUUGGGAGUAAUAAUUCAAGACACGCUAUGACCAGAAAAACACAUCAAUGGAAUAUUUGGCUCUACAUAUAAUUUGCUAGCAAAUAUCAGGGUGGCAUUUAAUUACCUAGACAAAGAAAUGAUGAAGAAAAUCAUAACACACGAUACGCCCCAAACUGGAAUACGCAGCAGUGGUAUGGUCUCCACACAAGAAGAAAGAUAUAAGGAAAUUGGAAAGAAUACAAAGAACAGCUACGAAAAUGAUACCUGAAUUGGAAGACCUAAGUUAUGAGGAAAGACUGGAAGAAAUUGGAUUACCAACACUGCAAGAAAGAAGGGAAAGAGGAGACCUGAUAACAAUGUUCAAAUUAGUAAAUGGCAUGGAGAAGAUAGACAGAAAUGACCUAGUUGUAAAAGUGGAGGAAGGAGAUAGACGUACAAGGGGACAUAUGAAGAAAUUAAAGAAGAGUCAUUGUUUGGGAGAUAUUAAGAAAUACAGCUUUCCGCAUUGAACGGUUGAAAUAUGGAAUAACUUAAAAGAAGAUGUGGUUGCGGCAAAGAGUGUGCACAUGUUUAAAGAGAAAUUGGACAAAUUCGGGUAUGGAGACAGGACUAAUUGAGCUUUGGCUCGGACCCUGUACUAUACAACUAGGUAAAUACAACUAGGUAAAUACACAUGUGUGCCACCACAGAAUGGACAUGUUUACAUUACCUGGUAGGCUGGGACCACUGCAAACUGGAAGCCAAUACUUACAUCAUAUACAAAAAUCAGAUGGGGGUUAUGUUAUCCUGGCCAUUCCAUCUGUAAUACCAAUGAAGAUAUUAAACUGGAUAAAAAUGAAUCUGAAUAAUUUUGGCAGAGGGUGAAGGGACACUGAGAAGGUAAUUUGUCAGAUUUAUCAAAAAAGAUUAACUGAGGAUCUGAUGUAGAAAAAAGUAUUAUUAUGUAGGAAUAGUCAAUGAACAUGUGAAUAAGAUGAGUACAGAAAGGAGCAACCAAAAUUUGAGAGACCUAUCAUAUGAAGAGAUAUUAUCCUGGCUGCAGCUCCUGACUUUAGAAAUAAGAGAGGAGACUAUUUAAUACCAGUGAUGCAAUGAAACAACUAGGUAGAGAAGACUUAUGUAUGUAGAAUGAAAUGGACAUGGAAGAAAACUAAAGAGAACUGUCUGUAACAUAGAUAUUAAGCUUUCCCUACAGGAGUACAGAAACCUGGAAUAAUGUAGAUGAGAGAGUGAUCCAUGCAAGAAAUCUUCAUGGCUAAGAAAAAAUUAUAUCAGUGGGCCAAUAUGAACAUAGCUCCUUUCCUGUAAAUCACAACUGGGUAAACACACACACACACGAAAAUUAAAAAAUAAAGUGCAUGAGUAACAUAGAAAAGUAUUGUUUUCCUCAUAUAAGUAUAGGUAUUCAAAAUAUAUUAAAAGAUGAGUUGAUAGCAAUUAUGAGUGUACAUCAACAGAGGAAAAGGGAGGACGAACAAAGAUACAGAAACGAGACCUCAUGAGUGUAGCCGAGUCUUGUAUACUAUAGCUAGGUAAACACACACACACACACACAGGAUUGUUGGCCUUCAACUCCAACAGGACCAAAUGUACAUACAUGAGGCAAGACCGUUUAUAUAUCAGUAUUUUAUUUUUUAUGAAGCUAUGGUAAGGAGAAUGCCCUGGUCAAGCACUGCAGCUGUUGGGAAUAGUGCCACCAUAUUCCCUAUAAUUGUUAAGGCAGGUGAAAUAUUACAACAUAAAGAGACUAAGAGAUUUUUUGUAUAACUUUUUUUUUUUUAAUGAAGACACCUGCAUAUAAUUGCUAGCCACUAAAAAUUAUAAAGACAUCCCAACCCAAUGUCAGGGACACAAAAAGAUAUAGCAUUAAAUGUUAUACACUAUUCCUUGCCCAACCAUGAGCUCAUGAACCACGGAAUUUGAGUAGCAGUUACAUCACUGUAGUACCAAACAUGGGAUCAGGUUUGUGAGUGAAUUUUUGGGAAGUGAUAAAAAAAAAAAAGUAAAGACCUACCCUGUCUUCAGCAAAAAAUCAACAAAAAUAACAAAUUUCUCUCUCUCUCUCUCUCUCUCUCUCUCUCUCUCUCUCUCUCUCUCUCUCUCUCUCUCUCUCUCUCUCUCUCUCUGUCAUCUUUAUAUAAGUUACUGUAUUUAUGAAAACAUCAUCAUGUUACAUAAAUAUCACAUUUUUUUUUUAUCCCUUGUAUAUUCUGCCGACUAAUUUUUCCAUAUAAUGUUAAUUUAAGCAAUCAGUGAUACACUGACUGUGAACAUGACUGCCAUGGUUGAGAAAGGAAUAGUAUAAUUGAUAUUCUAUAAAAUUUUUAUCAGAUUAAGUUUAUUAAAAUCACAAAAAAUGAGAUGUUGAUUAUGAUGAAGUUUGCAGGAAUGUUAGUGAGAAGAAAAAUUGAAAUAUUUUAAGAGUUAUGUGUAUUACCUGAUUCUUUGUCAGGCAUCAUCAUCAUCAUCAUCAUCAUCAUCAUCAUCAUCAUCAUCAUCAUAACUCAGUUUGCUUUAUUAACCAGUUACAGUUUUCCAGACUAAGAAAUUAAAAGAAAUAACUCAUUAAGUUAGCCUCACAAAUUUCAAGGAAUUAGAUAUUUGAUCUCAUAGCAACUUAAGGUUCCUCCAUGGAAAACCAUGAAUGGAAAGUUGGAAGGAAUAAUAAAUUUAAAAAAUUCAGCUGGAAAACAAUAAAGAUGCAUCAUUUGAUACAUCCUUUUCCUUAAAUAUCCAAAACAGUAGAAAAUUUGACUUCAUAGUGAUGCUGGACAUUGUUUAGUGUCUUGUACUGUAAACUUGAAAAAGGUUAGUAACAUCUCAUUGGCCAAAAAUAACUAAAUAUCCUUACCUACUUUUUUGUUGAUGAAGGAUUUCCUUUCCAUUAUCAAUGUUAUUCUUCCUCCUAAAUGGUGUGGACUUCCAGAAAAUCUGGAAACAUAAUUUUUAUCUACUUUGACCAUCCUCUGCAGAUGUAGGAAACACUAAACAUGCUGUGGAAUGUGUUGUCAAAUUGAUAACAAGUACUGGCAUAACUGCACAUGAUUCAAUGGAGCUUAGUUUUUUUUUUUUUUUUUUUUUCAGUCAACAAUUAGCCUUGAAUUGGUGGCAUCUUAUUCACUUUCACUUCAUUGAUCGUUUCUUUUCAUAUAAAAUCAUUUUACAUUUGACUUUAUAUUUCCAGUGUUAUGAUUUAGCUUAAAGUUGUACUAUACUUUAUUUUAUGAUUUUUACCAAUAAGUACAUCCCCAAAGAAAAUUCAAGUGUUUGUAGUAUGUCCCCACUAAACAAAUACAAACUCACGUGCGGUGUUGUCAACCAGCAUUCCAUGUAGACUGAAUCAAAUUUUUUGUUGCAUAUGAGUGACAGCAUGUAGUUUGAUUUCAUCUACACUAACAGUGAUGUUAAGUACAGCUGUCCUAUUUGACAAAACUGUAGUUUGUUGACUGCCAACAUACCAGUGGUUUAGAAAAAAUAAAUAAAAAAGUCUACAUAAAAAAAAAAUUAUCAUAGUACAUUGAUGUUGUUGGGAUUAUACAAGUAACAGGAAAAAAUACUGUAAAGAUUUGAUUACUGUUUCUAAUAAUGCUAAAACUCUUCAUGAUUCUUAUUACUUCCCUCAUAUAUAUAUAUAUAUAUAUAUAUAUAUAUGUUACAGUCAAUACCUGAAUCCAGACAAUUUGUAAAGUGACUUAUUUUUUCAGGCAAUUUGUGAACUGCCUAACCUAACCUAACCUAACCUAACCUAACCAGGCAGUUCACAAAUUGCCUGAAAAAAUAAGUCACUUUACAAAUUGUCUGGAUUCAGGUAUUGACUGUAACAUAUAUAUAUAUAUAUAUAUAUAUAUAUAUAUAUAUAUAUAUAUAUAUAUAUAUAUAUAUAUAUAUAUAUAUAUAUAUAUAUAUACAUAUAUAUAGAGGAUGAUAAUUUUGCUUAUUCAGAACAUCUCUUUCCCAACCAGUGUUCCUUCCCUCACAUAAAAAUAUGCAUGUCCAUAUCAGAAUUAUGCCUUUAAUCAUAGCUUUAAAUGUGGGUGUACAAACCCACAGAUAUUUAAUACCUCCACUAAUUUUUUUUUUCUUUUUUUUUUUGUGUGUGUGUGUGAUUGCAUGUUGGAUGCUGUCUUUUUGUUUGUUCUUGUAUCGUGGUGUAGUAAGGAAUUCACAAGGUCACAUAUUAUUCAUGAUAUGAGGAUUAUGUGAUUUUUCACAUUUCUGCUGAUUCAGAGUUCUUUUUUAUAGAGUUAAGUGAAUAUGGCUUUCACAUAAUGUAAUUUCUAAAUUUUUCAUUUUCAUAUAAACUUUGACUGUUUCAAGUAUAGUGAAAUAUGUGCCAAAUGUCAGUGAUAUAGGUAAUUUUGACGCAAAAUAAAGAUGAGUUCAUGUUUACCACAUGUAUUUUAAAUUUUUUACAGGUAAUAUUUUUGUAAAUACAUAUCCUCAAACUUAAUGAAUGUUAAACUGAUUGAAGUUUCAUGUAAAUUAACCUGCAGUCAAGAAGAAAAAUGCUAGAAGUACUUCAUAAAUGAUGGGUUCUUGAUUUUUUUUUUUUUUUCAUAAAUUGUUUUGGAAUGAAAUCCAUAUUAAUCUGUGACUAAAAACUGAAAAUAAAGACUUGACCCUUUGUU